GGAGAGCGAGCGAGCAAGACUGGUUGCUUGAGAAGUCAGCUUGCGGAUUGGCGAUUCCUGCCCCUUUCCAGGCCAGGAAGCCAGACGACGAAGAGGGGCUCCUCCAGGAGGAGGGGGUCACGCAGAGAGGGAACCCCCUCCCCCAUGCAUCCUCCCCUGCAGACAGGCAGGGAGGCUUCAGCCCCCGCUCAGGCUGCUGCCAGUCGCUGCCUCCCCCGCUGUCAUGAGCAUCCAUAAAGGAAGAUCCCGCUUGCAGGAGCAGCAGCAGCAGCAGCUUGGCGAAUAGAGAGCGCGCAGGGCGCACGGAGUGGCAGAGGCGAGGCAGAGGCUGCGUGGCGGCGAGAUCCUGCUUGCGGGUGGACACCCUCAUCGACUGGGGGAAAGCCCUGCCCGGGCCGAGGAGGACGCGCGCCUUACUUGCAGAGAGGGCUGAGGUGGAGGCGAGGCGACUUGGUAUCGCCUCGCGCCUGCCUGGAGUGGUCAAAAGGAGACUCAACAGCAUCAGCCUGCCGCCACCUCUCCUACAUCACCGUUUAUCGCUCCAGGGGUCAGCCAGGACGCAGCGCCGUUGGGGGUGCGUGCGUACUAGUACCCCUUUUACAGGGCGAGUCCAGGAGGACUCCGCACACCCGCCAGUUCUUUCCCAGGCUUAGCAGGAUUGGCUACAGCUGCCCCGACCGCACCCCUCUCCCCACAAGCUACCCUCUUAUCCUGAUCUUUCCCCCUGCACCUCUGCCCAAGAUCUGGCAUAGCCAUGGCACUCUGAUCACACGUUUUUCCACUCCCCGCCCAGCAUUCAAAGUGGUACACUCCUGAUCCCCAAUUUUGGCCAAGGCUGAACAGGACGCAUUGGAUCACCCCUCGGCCUGGGGCCCUGCCGCGCCCCAAAGUGCCCCCGCUGUGGCCGGCGGAAUGAAGCCUUUGGAGAAAUUUUUGAAGAAGCAAGGGUCACACUUGGCUGCUCGGGCUGGCCCCGGGGCCGGGGGGCAGGUGCCGCGCAGGCAAAGCGUCUCCAAGAUCCUUCUGCCUGGAUUCCUCAAGGAGCCCCCGGAAGAGCCCCCCGAAGGAGGCACAGAAACUACUGGAGACGGGCGCUGGCUGGAGCUGCGGCCCCCCGAUUCCGCCCUCCGCUCCCCAACGUCCUUCUCAUCGGAGGAGCUGUCCCCGGGGGGCGGCGGAGGCGGUGAGACACAGCUCAGCCCGGAGUCUGUGCCCAUUUGCUGCUGGGCACCACUGGCAGAACCCGAGAGCCCUGAUCGCCUGUUGGGGAGGCUUCUGGAGAGACUGGGCGAGGACCCCACAGCCCCCCAUGGGCACGGCUGUGGCGCAGAUCUGCUCUUAGAUGACAUCGUCCUCACGCACUCGUUGUUCCUGCCCACGGAGCAGUUCCUGCACCAGCUGCACCAGCACUUUGUGACAGCGUUGACAAUCCCAUCACCACCGUGUUGGAAGGAAGGUGAGGCCGUGCACCGGAAGCGAGCGGUUUUGGUUAUCCUGCUGCACUUCCUUGAGACCUACAAGGGGAUCUUGCAGGAGGAGGAAAAAGCAGGCAAAGUAAUCAAGGAGCUGUACCUGCUGAUCAUGAAGGACUCAUCCCUCUACCACAAACUGGAAGAUGAAAUUCUGAAGCUACAUCAGCUGGUGGAGACAGUUGAAUUGAAGGUUACAGAAGAAAGCCAUCCUCCCAGCAAACAGGUCAAGCCUCUCUUCCGGCAUUUCCGGCGCAUAGAUUCCUGCCUUCAGACACGGGUCGCUUUCCGUGGGUCAGAUGAAAUCUUCUGCCGUGUCUACAUGCCUGACCACUCCUAUGUCACCAUCCGCAGUCGCCUCUCUGCCUCCGUACAGGACAUCCUUACCUCCGUGACGGAGAAGCUCCAGUAUUCUGAUGAACAGCCUACACGAGAAGAGGCACUCAUCCUGGUGGCAGUAACAUCUUCAGGAGAGAAAUCUGUGCUGCAGCCUAAUGAAGAGUGUGUUUUCACAACCCUGGGGAUAAACAGCCAUCUCUUUGCCUGCACUAAGGAUGCCUUUCCGUCUCUGGUCCCCCUCCCUGAUGAAAUCCAGGUGUCGCCAGGUGACACAGAGAUCCACCGGGUUGAAGCUGAGGAUGUGGCAAAUCACCUCACAGCCUUCCACUGGGAAUUGUUUCGCUGCGUCCAUGAGCUGGAAUUUGUGGACUAUGUAUUCCAUGGGGAACGUGGCCGACGGGAGACAGCCAACUUGGAGCUGCUGCUGCAGCGCUGCAGCGAAGUUCAGCACUGGGUGGCCACAGAGGUGUUGCUUUGCGAGUCCCUGGGGAAGCGGGCCCACCUGCUCAAGAAGUUCAUCAAGGUCGCUGCUGUAUGCAAGCAGAACCAGGACAUGUUGACAUUCUAUGCUGUGGUUAUAGGACUGAACAAUGCACCUGUCAGCCGCUUACGUCUCACCUGGGAGAAGCUUCCUGGAAAAUUUAAGAACUUGUUCCGGAAAUUUGAAAACCUUACGGACCCUUGCAGGAAUCAUAAAAGUUACAGAGAAGUCCUCUCUAGGAUGAAGCCCCCCAUUAUUCCCUUCGUGCCUCUUAUCUUAAAAGACCUGACAUUUUUGCACGAAGCCAGCAAAACCUUGUUGGAUGGAUUGGUCAAUGUAGAAAAGCUGCACUCAGUAGCAGAAAAAGUUCGGACAAUCAGGAAGUGCCGGAGUCGCCCUCUCUGCCUGGACAUGGAGUCGUCUCCCCAGCAGCUGCAGACAAAAGCUUAUGUUCGGCAGUUCCAAGUCAUUGACAAUCAGAACCUGCUCUUUGAGCUCUCUCACAAGCUGGAGUCAAACAGCCAAUGAGGCCACUGCCCAUGAGUGGGCAGCACUCGCAAAGAAUGUUUACUCUGUGCGGUACGCGAGCACUUUUUGGAUGUACAGGGGUUCCUCCUAGGGUUUGCCCUGGUUGGAGGGGACAGCAUGGAGUCGCCAAGACAGAGAUGACUAGCCUUGAUCAGGGAUGGCACAAGACAUUCUGGUGCCUCAGGUGAAAAAUCCAAACUGCACCUUGGACCGGGCCUCCAAACUGCACCUUGUCUUCCUCCUAAUUAACGUGGGAUACAGCCAAUGCGAAGUUCUCCUUCCAGGGCUGGCCCACGGCAUUUUGAUGUCUGAGGUGGAAAAUCCAAAUGUUGUUCUCCUCCAGACAAAAAACAUCCUGUUUAAUUAUAUAACUGACCACUUGCAGUCCCAUAACUUCUUUGCCUAACAGUAGAGUCUCUUGACUCCUGCACAAGCUUUAUUGAAAUGAAUGGAUGCUGUUUAAGGGCAUGUUUUAAUGGGGCUCGUGUAAGAAAACUUCCCACUGAAUAGUACCCCCUUGGUAAGAUCCACCAGUCUCCCACUCUACUACUUUUAGUGGCACUCAGAAUUGAAAAUCCAGUGCCUGAGGUGUCCACCUCACUUUGCCUCAGGGUGGAGCUGCUUCUUUCUGACCUUCCUUUUACAGAAUGGAACUGUAAUGUUGUUAUUACAGACUAAUACUAGAAAAGCCAGGGGAGAUAAAACAGUGUUUUGUGGAGGAGAUCAAGCCAAAACUGGAUUUCCUGUCUUGCUUGGAGGACAACUUGCACUGAAGGUCAGUGUCCUAUUAAUGCCCUUUCCCUCCCCACCAUGAGCGUAGAGUAACAAGUCCUUGAAUUUUUGAAUCAGAUAGAUAAGCUCCUGGUGUCCUGAAUCAGACAUGCUACAGCUGCCAAUGUUUUGGUCCUGUUCAGGCCCUUUCCCUCCCCACCAUGAGCAUAGAGGAACAAGUCCUUGAACAUUACAAUUUUUGAAUCAGAUAGAUAAGCUUCUGGUAUCCUGAAUCAGACAUGCUCCAGCUGCCAAGGCAGCAUGGGCAGAAAUGCCAAGCAAUGUUAUUUUUCUAUCUUUUAAUUCUCCUUUUAUUUCUAUCGUGCUAGUGUACAUUUAUAUUUCCAUCUUAGAAAGGUUUGAUGUGGGCAUAUUUUUUGAACAAAAUGUUAUGAAAGAAUCCCAGGAGAUUCAUGGUAGAGACUUCUCAGGUUUCAGUUCUUGCAGAUGAUUAAUGAAAAGAAAAGAAAAGAAAAGCUCCUCAAGGGAAGAUGGGGAAACUUCCAUUUGGUGAGAUUUUACCUGCAGGGAUUUAAAACACACAUCAAGAAUACAUAUCUGUUUUAGUCCUUUAUUGGAGUAUAUCUGCACUUCAGACUUUAACUGGCCUAAAAGUCAUCCUAUUCCCCAGAAAACUACAGUUCUGUGAUGGGAGCUACUAGGACAAGAAAUGUUUUAACAGAGAAUCCACAGCACUCUCACCAGACUACAAUUCCCAGGAUUCCGUGUGAGAAGCUAUGGCAGUUAAACCAGUAUACAUCCUCUAUAUGUUUUUGUGUAGAUAUAUACUUGGUGUCUGGUUGUGGCUUUUGUCUGGAUUUAUUGUACCUCCAUAGGUGCUGGAUCACUUUAUUUUAAGAUUUUCUGGGUAGAAGCCAGGUACCCCUUCUGCCUAGAUAAAGGUUGCUCUUCUUUAAAGAGCCAUGGAUGGACAGGGGGGUUAUCAUCUCUGGGUCUUCCUUCUCUAUUCAUAGGAGCAUUCACAAGAUCCUACUUUAUUACCCCCUGCUGUUCACACAAUCUUUAUGGCCACACAGUGAUAAAUCAGUUUUUGUUCUCACUCUUCUAAAGUGUAUUUUUAAAAUGUGGCAUGGUGAUUUGAUUCCAUCUGAACUCCAGAUUGAUCCGAACUAAAUGAUCACUAUCAAUGGAGGACUGGAGAAACAUUUCUAUAAUUAUUGAUUGAAAGAGCAUGGUGGGAGGGGAUGCUGUUUUGCUAUCUUUCAGUCUCCUCCAAUUAUGCGAACAAAAAGUUGGUAUAAAAUGUUAGCAGUUCUUAGUCCUUCUGUCCUAUCAUCUUGAGAACACACCCCAAAGAACACUGCGUUUAAUCCAUGUUUACAAUUAUGAGAACAGAACCAGAGACACAGUAUUUAUUCUGGAUCAGUUAAUCUGCGAUAAUUAACUUUGUAGAAUCCAUUGUAGGUUUGAGCUUGCUUUCUGGGGAGCAGAGUACCAAACAAACCAACAUACCAGUCCUGCCUACAUUUAAUCAAUGGAAAACUCAUAACCCUCCUGUAGGUCAAUGAUGAGUAUUGGUGGGAGGCUACAAAAGGGCAGGGCUUACUGUCUUGCAAAGAGUGUUCUGCUUUUUAGCACAUGCUCAAGGGACCUUCAAACAUGGACUGGAUUUGUGUGGUCCCGAUUUCUCCAUCCCUACCCCAUCCUUUCUGGGGUUUUCCCUAGGUCAAGAGUAUACAUGAAGACAACCAGGCAAACUAUCUUUGUCGUCGUCGGAGAAGUCUGAACAGCUGUUUUCUGGGACUAGGGAGGCCCCCUGUGAUCAGCCAUAAGAAACCUUAAUAUUGCCCCAUCCCAUAAUUCAUGUGGGGCAGCGGGGCAAGCCUUAGGGCUCAUCGUGAUUCAGGGUUUAGUCCUUGACUCCUUGUCAGUGCCAUGGUUUAAUCCUGGAAAUGUGAAGUAAUCAUAAGAGUGCCUCUGAGCAUGUCCAGAGUGCAUUUUCCACACUACUGAGUAACCACAGCCCACUUCCACAUUUUCUGAUAAGCAGGGCUUUCAGGUUAGAGGGUAAGGCUUGAACUUCAGGUGCUUCACUAUUUAGAAAUGAACUGCCCUCCCUGCCCUGUUCCUAACAGCUUUAAUGUUUUGUCACAAUUUUGAUAGAAAUCAAAGAACAGAAUAUCAAAGAACCUUCUGAUCUUAAAAUUUUUAUUUUGUGCUUUGCCAAACCUUCCACCUUCUCUCUGACAAAGGUUUUGUUUUUAGAAGUUUUUUUGAGCAGAGGAAGGUGUUUGCCUCUAGUGGCUUUUUGUUCAGGGACUUUUUGUUUCAGGGUCUCUCGCUUUUCUCUAUAUUUCUCUCUCUCCUGGCGAGAGCUUCAGGUCCUAAUGCGAGGAUGUGUAUAUAUAUAUACAUAUAUAUAUUUUUAAUGAGACAUGCUCGGAUUGUACAUUUAUUUUUUUUUAAAAGAGCCUUGUAUCAUAUUGGACCAUUGUACAGUGAAUUUUCUACUGCUGGAAUGAGGGACUGCUUGCCUACUUAUAUAUUCCCCACAAGCUUUCGCAAGGUGGAAUGUAAGGUGUAUUGUUGUAUUCUGGGGAAACUCAGUUUAUUUUGGGUGUGGCUGUUGUUAAUAAUAAUUAUUACUAUUGCUAUUAUUUUGCUACAGAAGCACUUGGGUGAGAAGCCAAAUGGUGGAAAUAAAAAAUUGUGACAAGUAAAA